AUGGCGCUAGGACCAUUACCGGACGACUUCGUACUCGAGUACACUAUGUUGCACCUCAUGGAUGAGGAAACCACCGCAUCCACGCCCCCCGCGCCCCUUUCCCACGUCGACGACCUCCUCCUGACCACGUGCUCCAUCGGCGCCAGUCGCACGUCCUCGUCGUGUGCGUCCUUGGCCUGUGCGGCGGGUGGGGCCUGUUGUUCCGAAAUUAAAGUGGCGCACACGAAAGUAGGUGACCCCCAGACCCCAAACGAAGUUGCAGCGUUCUCAUUGGACGGCGAGCAAUUUCUACAACAGAUGGAACAAGUGGGUACACUCGACUGGCCUGAUGCGACUCAGACGAAUCAGAUGACGUUCGAACAUAGUGAUGGUGGAGCUAUUGAGGACCUCGAGACGCUUACGGACCUGGAGAUGGAGUCGUCGCCGUGUCCGAGCACGUGUCCGGGCUCAAUGGGCGGCCAGGUGAACGCCAUUGCGGCUGACGAGUUUGAGGUUUUUUUUUAUCAGCCAAUGGAGAUGCAGGAGAUAGAGAAGAAGAAGGAAGAAGAAGAGACUGAUGAACGAGGAGGUUUGAGGGGUUGUGGGCUUCCCCCUGCAUCGCCACUUGCACUUGAUACAACGGAGGACUCGGUGCCUGCUGGGAAGUCUGAGACAAAUUCAACGAGUUUUGGAGAAGAUGCUGGUGGUGUGCCUGACACACUGAUUGAUCAGAUGCUGGAGGAGGAAGAGGAGAUGGACGAUGAGGAGGUGAUGGAAGAUGAGAUCGACUUGCUCGGGAAAGAAGUGAAAUAUCUGGAUGCUCAGAUGGAUUUCUUGCAGUCUCGUGCCAAGUCAAGUCGCGCUCGACGCAAGAGUGUGAAACAGCGCCGCUCAAGUGGUGCUACUCCGCCGUCGGCGCUAUUGGCAAAGAGCCAAGAGGAUAAUCAGCUUUUGACCGAACUCGUUGCGCAGCAACAGGUGUAUAGAGACAAUUUCAAGGCUAUGUUGGCGUUCGCUCCAGUCGUCGACGUGCGUAUGGCUUUGAUGACUCCGAUUGAGUCGUACAUACGGCUCGGCAAGGACUUUGAUGAGAGGAGGAAGACCAUUUUGUCUCUGCGCGAAGAGAAGCUUGACAUAACGUGCAAGUUUAUCGAACAAAAGGCUGCUGGUAUCGACGUUGAUCAGCCGUACCAGUACUCGGACAUGUUUGAGAAGUUUGGUAAGCACUACUUUGUGGACUUUGCCAUCUCCAAGUACGAUGGUGUCUCCGUUUCUCAGGUUGGUCGCGCCAUUUACGAACAUAUUGCUGGAAAGGACGAGGCACUGAACAAUGCUAUGGGAAGCACAACCAUUCGCGAGUCCUUUGAUACGAUCAAGUGUAACUUUAUGCACCAGCGCAUCGUCUCGAGCAUGAAGUGGGAGGGUGAAGAUGGAGAGAAGAUGCCGGACAUGGAGUCGAACGCUAUAUUCUACAGCCGGUUCGGUGACAACUCAGCAGUCUUAGCAAUCGAUUACAUUGACCAAGACGAGCUGCACCCAUAUGACACGUCAAACUGCAUCCGCAGGGACAUAUCAAGUGGCGUAGUGCUGUCUGGUCACACGGAUGCAGACGGCAAGAAGUUUGUGGUGAUGAAGCGCUACUUGCUGGCCAAGUACCACAUGUAUCCACGCAAAGUGUCUCAGAAGCAGCAAGCUCGUUAUUUUGCCAGCAUGCCCAGGUGUGGCGAUACGAUGGAGACGCUAAUCGCUGACCGUCUUCAGCGCGACGAGACGUACAAUCCAUGCACCGAUGAGGAUUAA